UCCCCAAAGAUAUGGUGAAGACGUUAGAGAAAAUCCCUCAAUAACCUCUAGACGAGGUAUCAAUACUUUAUUCGGAAAAAGGAAAUGGAUAGGAUCAGUGAUUUACCAAACGCAUUGAUAUGUCACAUCUUAUCCUUCCUUCCAAUAAAAGAGGCUGUUUCAACUUCUGUUCUUGCCAAAAGGUGGAAACCUCUGUUUCUUGAUCAACCAAACCUUGUCUUUGAUGACUCCAUCUAUUUUAAUCCUCCAACGUCUUACAAAGAAAAGUUAACGAACGCUAGAAGCUUUAUGCGUUUUGUGGAUGGUGUCUUGGCUUCGCAAGGGAAUGCUCCGCUCAACAAGUUCAAACUUGUAGGCAAUUUUGUAGUCGAUGAAUUGUGGGUGCUGGAGUGGAUACCAAAUUUGCUGAAACGUGGUGUAUCAGAUAUUCAUCUAAACAUCUCUUCGUUUUGGGCUGAUUCUGACCGCUCAAAAUUUGAUCCUCUGCCUCCGGAGAUGUUUGUGAACAAGACAUUGGUUAGCCUCACUAUAAUCUUUGAAGGUGGUGUCAACAUUAACGUUGAAGGUGAUGUUUCUCUUCCCAAGCUUAAGAUUCUCCAUCUGAACUAUUUCAAGACAACAACGAGUACGUUUAACAAGAUUCUCUCUGGUUGUCACGUGCUCGAAGAAUUAGCGUUGACUAAUUUGAUGUGGGACGACGAGGCUUUGGAAGUUGAACCAUGCUUAGUGACUGUGUCCAUCCCAACCCUCAAGAGACUAAUGUUUUGUCGUUAUGAAAAAUAUGAUGAUGAUAACCAAGCUGUGUCAUUGUCAUUUGAUAAUCCAAAUGUGGUCUACAUGGAGUAUUCUGAUACUAUUGCGGAUACGUAUCAACAAAUGAGUUUUGGUUCGCUUGUUGAAGCUAAACUCGGACUUCGGCUGACACCAGAGCAGUUAGAUAAUAACGAAUGGUUUGAUGAAUAUGAAAUUGAUUUGUUUCCUAACGAAAUGAGUAAUGUAACAAAUUUUCUCAAUGGAGUACGCAAUGUGAAGAUCCUCCACGUGAAUGUUAACAUGCUUUGGGUACUUGGUUCUUGUCGUGAUACAAUGCCAGCAUUCAACAACCUCCUUCGUUUAACUAUUGAGACUAAACCAGAAGUAAUAUGGAAAGCAUUGCCAGCUCUACUCAGGAGUUGUCCAAAUCUAGUAACCCUCAUCUUCAAAGGACUGCAUCACAUAAAUACAGAUAGAUGUAAGGACGUGGACGGGUGCUUAUGCAGAGAGUUUGCUGGUAACUGGGAAGAGGUCGCUCGUCCUUGCCUAUCAUCAAGUUCGGUCAAGGUUAUAGAGAUACUUAACUUUGGUGAAACUCUUGAUAACCAUGAUGACGAAGACGAUAUCGAUGAUGAUGACAAUGGUGGACUUGUUUAUUGCUUAAGAGAGAAGAUAGAUCAUGUCAAGCUCUUCCUAAAGAAAAUGCCGAAUCUCGAACAAGUGAGGAUGCACUUUCUUUCAUCAGAUAAUGAAGAAGAUGUAAUGAUGAAAGUGUUCAAGAAACUUCAGCAGCUUCCUAGAGUAGUAGCUUCACCCAACUGCAACAUCCAAGUGUUAUCAGAUAACCUCAGCUUAUCAUUUAAUACAUCAGACUAAAUGGUCCUUGUCCUUUACAAGAUCCUUUUCUCAGGCUACAAGUUUGUGUAGUUGCUAAAAGAUCCUUUUAAUUCUUGUUUCUUCCUUUGAUAACUCUCUUUUCUUUUCUUGUUUUGGUUUUGCUUCCCUUAAUGACUCUGGCGUUGAAAUGUUUUUCUCCUAUUUGGCUUAGAAUGGUAAUAUCAUGCAUCUUUUGUGUUAUCUCUA